AGGGAGCAUGGAAGUAAUGAAGCCUUUAAUUGAUGAAGAAGACUCAGAUGGCAUCUCAGAAGAAGAGCAUGAAAAUAAUUUCCUGCCAGUUAAAACACAUUACCAGCUUGGUAAUGAAGAAGGCAUUACGUUUAUACAAACGCUUACUCACCUCCUCAAGGGAAACAUUGGAACUGGGCUUCUUGGUCUUCCACUUGCAAUAAAAAAUGCUGGUAUUGUGGUUGGACCAAUCAGCCUUGUGUUCAUAGGAGUUAUAUCGGUUCACUGUAUGCACAUCUUGGUACGUUGCAGCCACUCUCUGUGUCAGAGGAUGAAAAAGUCCUCACUGGGGUAUAGUGAUACAGUUAGUUAUGCCAUGGAAUUGGGGCCCCUUGCUGCUCUUCAGAAACGAGCUUCUUGGGGCAGGUGUAUUGUGGACUUUUUCUUAGUGAUAACACAGCUGGGAUUUUGUGGUGUUUAUGUUGUGUUCUUGGCAGAAAAUGUGAAACAAGUCCAUGAAGGAUUCUUGGAAACUAAGAUUGCUCCCAUGAAUGUUAGUGCCACUAGCAGUUCGUCUGAGAAGAGGAAUAUUGAUUUACGAAUAUACAUGCUGUGUUUCCUGCCAUUCCUGGUCCUCCUGGUCUUUAUUCGUGACCUUAAGAGCCUGUCCUUGCUUUCAUUGCUUGCCAAUCUGUCCAUGGCUGUCAGCCUGGUGAUCAUUUACCAGUAUAUUGUUAGAGAUAUAGUAGAUCCUCGAAAACUGCCUCCAGUAGUCGGCUGGAAGAAAUACCCACUGUUUUUUGGGACUGCAGUAUUUGCUUUUGAAGGAAUAGGUGUGGUACUGCCAUUGGAAAACAGAAUGAAGGACACAACACGUUUCCCACAGGCAUUGAACAUUGGGAUGGGAAUAGUCAUGACCUUGUAUAUCUCACUAGCCACUCUGGGAUAUCUGCGGUUUGGGGAUGAAGUCAAAGGCAGCAUAACUUUAAACCUGCCACAAGAUAAAUGGUUAUAUCAGUCCGUAAAAAUGCUGUACUCCUUUGGGAUUUUUGUGACCUAUUCGAUUCAAUUCUAUGUCCCUGCGGAGAUUCUCAUUCCAGUUGUCACUUCCAGAGUGAAGCAGAAGUGGAAGUUACUCAGUGAGCUUGUGGUGAGAGCACUAUUAGUCUGCUCAACCUGUGCUGUAGCAGUUCUGAUCCCUCGCCUAGACCUGGUGAUUUCUUUCGUUGGAGCUGUCAGCAGCAGCACUCUGGGACUGAUUCUGCCACCUCUGGUUGAAAUCCUCACUUUCUACAAGGAAAACUUAAGUUUAUGGACGGUAUUUAAGGAUGUUUUUAUCGCUGUUAUUGGAUUUGUUGGAUUUUUAACAGGGACAUAUGUGACGGUUGAAGAAAUCGUUUAUCCCACGUCCGCAGUUCUAGCUAACGCAACAGAGAGCUUCCCUGCAGAUUUAAAUGCUACAAACUUGGUGGUUGGUUUAAAGUAAUAACGAGGAGCUGUGAACUAUUUUGUUCCUUAACAAGAAAUUCUUGACUCAGGACCUGCUUUCAACUACUGGUACUGUGUAGAGAGGUAGUUCGUUAGAGAUGUAGGGUAUACAUGUGAAAAUACGUUAUUUUUUUAGAAAAUGAUUAUAUAUCCCUUCUGGACUCUGGAUGAAACGUUACAGGAUGUUGUUUAUCAGAGCAAUAUUAGUUUCAUGAUGCAAAAACAUUCAACACCACAGAUGAUAAACAGUUUAUUUUUGUACAUUUUUUGGUAACUGUUAUCCUGACCCAUUUUUUACACCAUUUCUUUAUCCUUGAUUUCAACUAUACAAAUGUAUAAAAUAUUGUAUUUUUUGUUACCUAUUGCUAGAAGUCUGUAGACUGCAUAUCUUUAUUUCUGUUGGAACAUAUAAUAAUUGGCUUUGGAUUCUUAUGUUCUGCCUUAAAUAGUAUCUAACAUGCCCUUUAUAUAUUUUUGCUUCUUUUGUCUAUUUUAGAAGAAAAAAAGAACAAGUUGAUAAGUUGGUAAAUGGGCAGAAAUGGGUUUUGUUAGCAAGCCUGUGUACUGAGUCCCCAGGUGCAAUCCGGAUUUUCAGAGUUCAUAUUUGACUUUCUGUCUCACACUUCAUAGAUGACUUUCCCUCCAAAUGUUGAAGCUCUAUUUUUGGUCUUGUUUUCUAAAACCCCCUGUAUUUUGUACAAUAAUAGAACUAUUUAUCAUACUCAUUCCCGUUCUGAAGAAACUUAUUUUUAAUUAUAACAUUCCUCCAAGAAAUAUGGUAUGCCAAAACCUCUCCAAUGUAGUCAUAUAAAUUAAGAUAGAAAUAUGUGUAAUAUUUUGCUUGCCUUCAGUAUAUUCCUCAGAAAUCUGCCAUUUGGUAAUCUACCAUUUGGAAUUACAGUACUAGAGUAAUAUACUACUAAAUAUAUCUAUAUUUAUAUUUUCUUUUCAGAAUAUUUCCCUUGUCAUCUACCAUCUGGUGACUGUAAUGAGCACUUUCAUCUCCGUGUUGAUGAGGGCAUUUCUGAUAGGGAUUCGUUAUAGCAUGUAGUUUAAACUGCAUGUAUUUGUUCAAGCAAUAGUUUUGAGUAAUGCUCUAAUUUUCAUUUUAGCAUGGACAAAGUAAAAUACUUGGCAGGCACUUUAAAAGGAGGAGUCUCUGCAGGUGCUUUCUUGUGAAAGUGCCACAGAGGAGCAAAUACAGGUAGUUAGCAGACACAAAAGGUAAUUUCAGCUUUUCAUCUUAAAGGGUGUUUAGUCUUUAAGCUGUUUUAAAAGACUUGGAAUCUAAGUAUUUCCAUCUGUUUCAUAAUGAAUCUGUUGUUUACCGAAACUAUAGACUACAUACCGAUAAGAAUAUAUUUCUGUGCAGCAUAUUUUACUUGACAGUAAAUACUUGUACAUGGAACAUUUUUAGUAGACUGAGAGGAUUUAAACACAAGUUAUUUUUCCUGUGAGUUUUUCAUCUUUCUCCUUGUGUGUUUGGAGAAUAAAGGACUUUCAAAUCCAUUCACACUGUUUGUUCUGCAUCAAUUGUGUUGUAGUGAGCAGCUCUGAGAAAGUGCUUCUACCAGGGUGCAGAAAGACUUGAGCAGUUCAGAGUUGGGUGGUUAAUUUGGCAGGUGCCAGUGAAUACUGCCAUGGUACUAUCGAUGAAGAUUUGCUGACCUGGGUACCUGCAACUUAAAGAGGUGACCUUGGUGCCCAGUGAAGGUACCAUAUCUUUUUGAAAGGCUGUAACUUGUUUAGAAGCUUGAUAGGUUUGAGGGGUCCAAACUUAGCCAUCAGAGUUUGGAUAACCUGGCCCAAAUACAAAGCCAUACACAUCUUACUGCCGUGUCUGACAGCAGUGCAACCUGUCAGAGCGCAGAUUUUCAGACAAGUGUGUUGCCACUGACUGACCAGGUAUGAAGUAGUGUGUUUAUGCAGUGGGCCAGUGUUGCCACGUCUAACAAUGUUGUAUCAUUUGAAUCUUGAAAAUGUUUAUUAAGAUAUUUUGCACAAUGUCAAUUUUCUCCUACAGUGUAGGAUUUUUGUUAUUUUAACACUCAUACAAUGCAUUUGCAUGGCCUGCUCUUUCAAAUAGAAAGAAUCAGGCAUCAGAGUAUCGUAGUUUGGAUAAGAUUAAAAUGUCACGUUGUAAAAUACUAAGUCUGACUAAUGAGAGUGUCCUGUGAAGCAUUGCCAAAGAUUUAAAAGAUAGGAAAUUCUGACAGAAACACCUCUUCUGAAUAGGAAUGUUGAUUCAGCUUUUAUAGUACUGUAGUAAUAGCUGCAAGUUAAGAGGCAGGGAGUGAAACUGAGAGAUUUCAUAGGUAUGGUUUACAUUAAUAUAUAUUUAAGAUGGAAAUGUACUUUAGCACAAGCUAAAUUAAACUGAAAAAUGUAUGUGGUUGGCUUAUGUUCCUGACAAGGAACAGAAAGCUAUUGUAUUUAUAUACUGUACAUGAACUUAUAUUUUACAAUAUCAUAUUGUUAUUACAGUUUUAAUGUAAUUUAAUAAUUAGCUGCACUACAAGUAACUGGAUCAUUUUCUUGUCUGUAACUGUUCAUCCUCAAGUACUGGGCAAGUAAGAGGGUGGGUUUGCCUAAUGUUCUGUAAAACUUAAAUCUUCUAUAUCAAUAAAGACUACAAAUUA